CUGUACAAUCACAAGAUUAAACAAAUAAAAAUCAAAAUUAAAACACAUAAAAACCAACAAUGCAGUGACAUAAAACACUCUAUAUAAUACAUAAACAUACCCAGAUAAAUACAGAAAAGCAGCAUCUCAAACUGAAUCAAAGGCCAACCGAAAAAGGUAAGUCUUAAGAGCAGAUUUAAAAAUUGCUAAAGAGGGGGCCUGUUUUACCAACAUAGGUAAAGAAUUCCAAAGUUUGGGAGCUGCAACAGCAAACGCCCUGUCUCCUCUCUGCCUCCUGGAAGUCCUCGGCACCUCCAGGUUCAUUUGGCUCGCUGAUCUAAGAGCUCGAGGAGGACAGUGUAUAUGUAGCAGCUCAGAGAGAUAGGAGGGAGCAAGGCCAUUUAAAACAGCAAGGAAGAGCAUUUGCACCUUUUACAGAUGUUGUUAGGCUGGAAAUCUCCACCAACAACACAAUAAUAAUAAUAAUAAUAAUAAUAAUAAUAAUAAUAAUAAUAAUAAUAAUAAUAAUAAUAAUAAUAAUAAUAAUAAUAAUAAUGUUUAUCUUUUUGUUUGUGUGUUUUUUAGUGUAUCAAAUGUUAUGGUACAUUAUUGUGCAAACUGUCCUAGGAAUAGGAAAAGUUGUAGCAUUUUAAUCAAUGAGCCAUGAAGUCUAAAUUAGAUUAAAACAACAUGCAACUAACAAGUAACUAGGAAUAAAAAAUAAGAUACUAUAGUACUGUUUUAAACUAGUGCAGUUAAACCAGUUAGGCAGUACGUGUGGAUUUUUUAUGACUACAUAAUUAAGCAGCGGUUUCAGAUAAAUACCUGAAACCAAAAACAAUUACCCUGUUCAGGUGAUGCUGGGAAACUGAUUUUCAUAGUUUAACCCAGGAUUAAUGACUCUGGCAUGCUAUGAAUUUGGUAAUCAACAAGGUCCAACCAUCAGACCCACUUGCCAUGACAGGGUCAAGAGAAAGAAAACUGUGCUACACAUAAUUGGCUUGGCUGAUAUCUUACUGAUGUCAGCAAGAUAUCAGUAAGAGCCACGCUCAAAUAGUUUUGUGCAAGUAUGGACAUGAUAGGAAUGUCAAACCAUCACAGAGCUAAUCAGGAAGGAGCAGUGUGACCCAUAAAUGAUCCAGAUGAAUGAGAUGAUGUAUUUUGGUUGGAAAGGUGGGCAGAUUGGCAAAAGAACAAAAGUCAAAGAUCUUGUGAAGAUGCAGGCUGAAGCUGCUAAGACAACGUGUCCUGUACCAACAUUGGUUGAAAAGGACAUUGGUUCUGGCGCAAAUGGGAUAAAACAACAUUUACCCUAAACAUACAACCAAAGGGCUUGAAGAAAACAAAAUAAAUGUUUUAGAAUUGCCAUCACAAACCCUUGAUCUCAAUCCUGAAGAGAAUUUGGGGGAAGAUCUGAGAAUGUGUAUGACAGCGAGGUGACCUACCAACCUGGCUCAGUUAUGCCAGUUCUGUUAGGAGGAAUAUGCUACAAAUCAACAAACUAUUGUGAGAAGCUAGAGGAAGGAAAUCCAAAACAUUUGCCCCAAGUCUUACAACUCAAAGACAUUGCUAAUAAAUACAAAGGAAAUAUGUGUAAACCUCUGAUUUUGAAGACAUUAAUAAAAGCUUCUCUCAUUGUUGUGGUAUUUAGUAAAUAGAAAUAAGUUACGUCUUUCUGUCUAACUUAAAAUAGAUAGACAGAAAGGUCUUAUCUAAAAAGUCGUAUGUGUCUGUGUUAGGUCUAUGUAAACUUUUGGUUUCAACUGUUUGCUGUUGAGGAUGAACAGAAGCUUUUAGCAUCUAAAAUAUGACCUGAAAACUAAGUUUAAGUGUUAAUGUCAUAGAAAAAGCCUUGCUAUGAUUAUAAAGAUAAGAAAUGAUGAAAAGACAGGAUUUUUAUAAAAUCCUAGUCUGGUUAAUAUAGCAGCAAUAAACUUUGCUAAGGUGCAAAUGCAGGCCUGCAUGCUCAGGGAUGUGUAUGCAGAACAUCUUUACCUACAUGUUUUCAUGGUGCUGCUUAGCGAAUAAGAGUGCUGAUAGUGCAGAAACCAUCCAUACAUCCAUCCAUUUUCUAACACCCUUGUCCCUAGUGGGGUCGAGAGGUGCUGGUUCCUCUCCAGCUAACAUUCCGGGCGAGAGGCGGAGUCACCCUGGACAGGUCACCAGUCUGUCGCAGGUGCAGAAACCACUUGUGUAAAUCAAAACAUCCCACAGAAUGUGAGAAUCUUUAGAAAGCAAUCUUGUGCAAACUUGAUACUGAAGAACUGAAGUGAUAAUAUUUAAACAGGCACAGAACAAAAAAAUAUAUACUUUUGAUAUUCAUGAUGUCAACUUUGUAGCGUAUAGAAGUCACAUAAUACGGUACUUUAAUGCUGUCCUGAACAAUUGUGUGCAGUGAGAGCCAUAUCGUCAGAUUGAGAGGAGAAAAAUCUGACUGCUUCACACUCAGCAAAACUGUAGACUCAAACAGAAUGACAUCAUUGGAAAAAAAAAGAUGAGACCUUGAGGUUCCUAAACUACACACCCUAAUAUUCAACUCCACAAACAGACAAGAGGAUAGUGAUCUAAAAAUUGUAUCAUAUCUGAGACUGCAUGUCAAAUGUUGACCUUGAGAUAUGUUGACUCAAAUGCAUCAUAAGAGGGCAGAAAACUGAUACAUUUACACUAAUGAUGAAUGUGUGUAAACAUCAAACCAGAACUGUAUCUUUGUAUACAUACAGAGAUACAUUUUAUUUUAAAUGAAAUGUGCUAAAUCUGUUGUUUUCUGUUUUCUGUUUCCAUGCUCACCUGAAGGUGGCAUCAUUAAGAAGACCUGCAGAUUUAAGAUCAACGCAGAUCAUCAAGGACACAUUUUCUUGACUUUAAAACCAACGGAGCGUCUCUGAGUGCUGGCCAACAGAUUUGUUGGAUUAGCACAGAUUCAUAGUUUGUUUGGAUCUAGACAUGGAGCUAACAGGACAGAGCAAACCAUCGGGAUCUUUUCACAAAAUCCUCAGACUGGUUAUGUUCAGUGUUUUUAUUCUUGGAUGUAUUGUGACUGCCUUUUUCAUGUACUAUAAACCAUCCCCCACUUUCUUAAACCAUCUAUUAGAGUCAUCAGAUUCCACAAGGAACAUCCAGCAUGUUGAUACUGAAACCAAUUACAAAAACAUGACUAUAGUUCUUGUUUGGUUGUGGCCCUUUGGUCAAACCUGUGAAAUGAACAUCUGCAGCUCUGCCUUCAACAUCGAGGGCUGCUUCAUUACAGCAGACAGAAAGUUCUACAACAAAUCGGACGGAGUCGUCAUCCAUCACAGAGACAUUGCUGGGGACCUGUCCAACUUGCCAAAAUUACAGAGGCCUCCGCUCCAGAAAUGGAUCUGGAUGAACUUUGAGUCACCGUCAAAUUCAGGCCAGCUUCCCGGGAUUAAUAACUUGUUCAAUCUGACUCUCAAUUACCGUCGAGAUUCCGACAUCCAAGUGCCUUCUGGGUCUAUUCUAGCAGCAGAUACUGUGGAGGACUUCGUACCACCAAGCAAAAACAAACUGGUCUGCUGGAUGGUCAGCAACUGGAGCCCUAAUCACGUGAGGUCAAAAUAUUACAAUGAGUUGAGAAACCAUGUUAACAUACAAACUUAUGGACGUGCCUUUAACAACUACAUCGCUGACAAAGAUUACAUCCCUACUAUGUCCAGUUGUAAGUUUUAUUUGUCCUUUGAGAACUCAAUCCACAAGGACUACAUCACUGAAAAACUAUACAUCCCCCUCUCUCUGGGCACAGUGCCAGUGGUUCUUGGCACAACCAGAGAAAACUAUGAGAACUUUGUUCCAAGAGAUGCUUUUAUCCAUGUGGAAGAUUUUAAGUCACCCAAAGAGCUGGCUGACUAUCUGCUUCUUCUGGACAAGAACGAAGAACUGUACCUUGGGUACUUUAAAUGGAGAAGGCACUUUAAAGUAAACAGACCCCAUUUCUGGGCAGAGCACACAUGUAAGGCCUGUGAUUACCUGAGACAACACAAAGAAUACAGGGCAUUCAAUAACCUUAACAAGUGGUACUGGGGCUGAUGGUGCUUAGAUGGACUAUGCAGCACUCAUCACCUCUAUAAGGUGGGACUCAGCACACAGAAAAAAAACAAUUACUUGGUGAGACAAACAUUAAGUUAAAAAUUUAGAUGUAAUAUUUAAUUCAGGCCUUUUUGAAGUACCAUCUCAUUUGUGAUUGUGAAGAUGUCACCUAUGCAGAGCACUGAAAUCAGAUGUGAAGGUAGUUUAACACUGUUGUGAACAAUUUUGGAAAUCUGUAGAUGUCUUUAAACAUUCUUUGAUGUUUACAUUUGCACUGCAGAUCUAAAAGAUGCUUCUCUUUACAUUUUGUGAAGGAUGAUCAAUGAUCGUAGUAGCAAUUACUUUCAGCGGGCAUGUCAUUAAGAGCUUGGUUUCUGUAGUUGGUACCAGAAAAAAAUGAUGUGAAUUGGAUUUUAUUUAGAAGGUUCCCUUGCAGCCUGAACAACCAUAAUUUUCAGCAUUGUCCAAGUCUUGACAUGAAUUAAAAAAAUAUGUUAAUAGUAUGGAGACUAUCUUACCUUCCUCUCUUCUUACCUUUUUUUUUCUGCUUAACUUCUUGUUUCAUUCUAUCCUUCAACACAAAAAAAAAACACUAAAUCUGUUUUUUUUUUACUUCUUGUAUUCUAAGUCCUCCUUUUCUUUCCUUUUUUCCUUCACUCUUCCAUCUCUUUUGUACUUUUCUAUUUUUUGUACAAAUCAGGAAUUAUUUUGUUAAUUUGCAGGUAUGGAGAUCAAAAACAUCUUGUACUAUGAAUGGGAUUAAAUCUCUUAUGUGUGGUUUCUACUGAAACUAUAAAAAAAAAAUUCUGCCAGUUUACUGAGACAUUUAGUGAGUCAGAACAAGUUUUUUGCCAAAUCAUUGUAUUUUGCCAAAUGUGUUCUAACUAUAGAUGUCUACUAGUAUAACUUAGAGAAUAAAUAUAUGUGUACGGUAAAUGAAUAAACCUGAAUGGUGUGACCUAA